CAGUGCAAAGAAACAACAUUUCAGCACGCAUGCACGUCACCGCGUAGCUCCUCGGCUCGCUGCAUUUUCGAUGCCUAUUUAUGCAAUUUAACUCAGUUUUUCUGUUCCGAAUCGUGCUGUGAGCGGAAAAGCGGAUAAAGUGGACCUACCCUCCCACAAGUGUCGAAAAGGGUGUGUGUGUGUGCGUGAUUGUGUACUGUGUUGUGCAAGAAAGCCGUGAUCACAGAGAGCAGCAGUGGCCGCCGGUCCGGGUACGAUAAGUACGACGGUGAUUUGUGUGGUAUUCCGGUGUGGUGUAGCCGUGGGUAAUUUACGUGUUGUUUACGUACCGGUCCCUGUCAGCGGUGAUGGGCAUGUUUGAGUAGUUUUUCGAAUAGUCCAAAUACUUCGCCACCGGACCCCCGACCGCUCGGGGUGAGCAGCAAGAGGCGAGUGGGCAAUUUUUGCUUGCACGCUUGGUACAGUCGGCUCUCAACCCCGUUCGUGCAUCGGCCAACCGGCAAAGAUCAUUUAUUCUGCCAGCGCGCGCGCGUGUGUGUGUUUUGAUCGGAAAAUUACGAUAUUGUCAAGUGUGUGGCUUUCGGCUGCCGGCGUGCCGGGGACAAGAUCGUAAGGAAUUUGGUGCAGCAGCAGCAGCAGCAACAACUGGGAAGGAAGCGGAGUGUUGCAAAUUCGACCUCGGACACACACACACGUUCCGCCCGUACGGGUGGUUCACUAGUAGAUCAUCGCGUUCCGCCUCAGCGAGCAAGCAAGUCAAUCUACGGCGCACGACCCAUUUUUUCGGAAUCUAUUUUAAGUACCGGGCGAACCCGUCACACACCAAUCUAGCGUGCGGGGAAGGUUUGCUUGGCUUGGGACAUCUCAUCAAAGGAGCAUAGAAAAAUUAACUCUCACAGUCCCCCCCAUUCCUUAAUGUGGAUUCGAGCGUGCGUGCGUGCGUAGGUGAUAAAUAUCCCCUCUAAAGACGACGGAGACCCCCAGAACACGAACAAAACACGGAAGGGAGGUUGGCGACAAAACUUUCAAAAAUACAUAAAUCACCGUGACAAGCAAUAUAACGACGGGGUAGAAGAACGGGUCGCGCGGCACGUGACAACGCAGUCGGAUCAGCACCACCACGCCACCCCCAUCCGCGCCACAAUAUGAACGGCGGCGCCCCCACCAAAGCCCUCUCGAAGGGUAAGGUGAAAGAGCUGAACGGGCUGGUGGAGGAGCUGAUGCAGUACGGGUUCCGGGAGGCGAACGGUGCCGACGAGCUGCUGGCCCAGCACCGCGACAUGGCCGGCGUGCUGGACCGCAUCCGGCGCGUCGAACCAAAGCUCCGCACCACCAACGGACGGCCGCGGAUGGAAACGGUUGCCCACUUUAUGCGGUGGGCGGUCGAGCGGGGCUGCCAGGUGGACAAUGUGCGCGUCGCCGAACACGCCGAGUACGGCGGCCUCGGACUGGAAUCCUGUGGGCCAAUUCCGGCCGGCGAAUGCAUUAUCACCGUACCGAGGAGCAUGUUUUUCUACGUCACCAACGAGCCGCGCUACCGGCAGCUGCUCGAGCUGAUGCCGGGCGCGAUGAUGAGCGAGCAGGGCAACAUUAUGCUGGCGCUCGCCCUCAUUAUGGAGCGGUUCCGGGCGAAAAGCGACUGGAAGCCGUACCUGGACAUGCUGCCCGACCGGUACACGACACCGCUCUACUACACGACCGAGGACAUGGGCGAACUGGCCGAGACGGACGCGUUUCUGCCGGCCCUGAAGCUGUGCAAACACAUCGCCCGCCAGUACGGGUUCAUCCGGAGGUUUGUGCAGGAGAAGGUGGACGAGCUGCGGGACUGCUUCACGUACGAUGUGUUCCGCUGGGCUGUCUCGACGGUUAUGACACGACAGAACAAAGUACCGGUCAAUCUGGCCGAGUUCGACGGGAUGGACCACACGCUGGCACUGAUCCCGCUCUGGGAUAUGGCAAACCACGCAUUUCCCGACACCUCGAACGAGACUCGAUGCGUGGCCGAAACCUGUUACAACGCCACCAACGAGCAGCUGGAGUGUAGCCUGACGCAGGAAGUAAGCGACACCGCCAGCGUGCCAAUUUUUAUCGUUUACGGCACGAGAACGGAUGCCGAAUUUCUCGUGCACAAUGGCUUUGUCUGCCCCCGUAAUCCGCACGCAAACGUACAGAAGCGCUUUACCCUGGUGCCCGCAAUUCCCCUGUACAAGGAGCGGGCGCACCUGCUCGAGCUGCUCGGCAUGCCGACGACGGGGACGUUUAGUUUUGGGCCCGCCAGGGAACCAGCUGCCGCUACUACAACUACACCGAUAUCCCAGGAACUAAUCUCGCUGGCCCGCGUUUCCUCCAUGACCGCUAAGGAGCUGGACGAAUAUACCGCAAUGGAGGAGACGCAACGGCAAACGCUGCGCACGUACCAGGCCCUACUGCCCGCGGAACUGUGCGCCCGUACCGAGCGGUGGUUGGCUACGGUGAUGAAGAUCAUGCUGCUCCGCUACCCCACCACGAUCGAGCAGGACGAAGCGUUGCUGAAAACCAACCGGCAUCACAUCCGCCGGCUGCUGAUCGAGUAUCGGCUCGGGGAGAAGCAGAUACUGCGCAGCUGGUGCACCCUUCGCGAGUUGUAAACUGUACUGGAAAGCAACAAUGUUGUAAAGCACCCGUUCUGAUUGAAUCGGGUUCGUUGAAAUACUAUUUUCUAAUACCGAGAAUUUGUUAUCGCUGACAAACCCCCCAUUUUCAAUCGGAUCGGAAACGACGGUUGCGCACUUGCAGCGAACAACUAAUCAACCACCACCAAAUAGUUGCUUCACGGCAACAUGACAUGAACAUGAAUAAAGCUUUAUUGCAAUAGCAUAUAAAGCUUUUGUAGCAACGAGCAUAUCUUCUAGUUCGCGGUGCAGCAAAUAUUGAACAUGAAAUAGUAUUAUUUUGCUUAAACCUUUGCAAUCAAAAUUCGUAAAAAAAAACCUAUCAAAACUUUUCUCUUGUUAUUACUUAGUCUUGUUAACUUAACUUAGUAUUAGCUGUGCACAACCACUGAUUGGAUUUAGUCGCUUUAUAGCGGUUUUUUUGUUUGUUUUUCUUAUCACAUAUCACAUAACAGUCAUAUUACGUUUCGUUUUGCAUAAUUGUAUACGCUUACUACAUGUUCUAUUGUAUGUUUUUCUUGUCACCCACGGAAGCAUAAUUUGCCUAUAAAUCGUGUAACGAAUGUGAAACUAACGUUAGAGUGGAAUAAAAAAAUUCUUAUAUUAUUCUUGA